CUUCAGCGUCAGGCUGCUGCUUUCUCUGGACAGCAUCUUCGGCAAUGGCGGAUUACGAUAACUACGAUGACCGGGAUAGGGCUUACGGGAGCUUCGGUGGAGGAAGAGGACCCCGAGGUGGCGGCGGUGGCCAAGGCGGACCCCGAAAGCAGAAGGAACUUCCCUCAGAGCCUCCCUACACAGCGUACGUCGGCAACCUGCCCUUCAACACAGUGCAAGGAGACAUAGAUGCCAUUUUCAAAGACCUCUGCGUCAGGAGCGUCCGACUAGUCCGAGACAAAGAGACAGACAAGUUCAAAGGUUUCUGUUAUGUAGAGUUUGAUGACUUGGAAUCUCUAAAAGAGGCUUUGACGUAUGAUGGCGCUCUACUAGGCGACCGAUCUUUGAGGGUGGACAUCGCUGAGGGGCGAAAGCAAGAACGCGGCGCUGGAGGCUUCGGCUUCCGGAAAGACGACAGAGGAGGAGGCCGUGGUGGCUCACGUGGGGGCCGAGGAGGGGGACGUGACCCCAGGGACGACUACGACCAGUCUGGAGGAGGUGCGGAGAGUGAAAUGGGAUUUCGAGAUGAUGACUUCAUGGGUGGGAGGAGUCGAGGAGGCGGCCGCCCGGCGGACAGAAGGGGGGGUGGAGGCAUGGGACGCUUCAGAGAUGGGGGUGGACCUCCCCCUCGUGGAGGCUCGACAGACUUCAGAGAACCAUCUGACGAGGAAAGAGCGCAGAGGCCGAAGCUACAGCUGAAGCCGCGUACAGUGGCAGGUCCCCUUAACCAAGUGGCCAACCCCAACUCGGCCAUCUUUGGGGGUGCCAAACCCCGGGAGGAGAAUUAAUAUCUGUGUCAGUGUGGCUGCAUUUUUCCGGAAGGCUAUACUGGAUUCUACUGGCUUUGAUCACCAUAAAAUCUUUCAAAGACUUCUCCCAGUGACACGCAGGCAGGGGCACGAGGUGCUGGUCUCCUCUCGAAUCCAAACGAGCCCUCAUCCGAUUGGCUUAAAAAGCAUGUGGAGGUGGGGGCUCUAGAAAGGGGGCGGGGCAUAGUCUUAACUCCGCCUCUGCCUGUCCUCGCUGACUCCUCCCACACGCCUCAAAGAACCCAAACUUGGAGGACAACAUCUCCUGGUUGAUUUCCAUUGUGUUUAAGGACUUCAAAAUAUCUCUCUCUCUCCCUCUCCAAAGUAUCUUUGUGUUCCGAAUUUGUAGACACGCGGACGUAAUUGCAGCCGUGUGCUUUUUAUAUUUUGCUCUUUAAAUUUCUUUACUGUAUUUGAAAAUUAAAACGUUGAGCUUGAUUCUUAAUUAAACCAUUUCACAGUGAAGAGCUUUUUUUGAAUCUGUUUGAAUUCUUGCGUUGUCUUUACGAAAGAUUUUCCGAACCUGACCAAAUCUGGCUCAUCCAGAGCUUUCAGGAACAAUGUGCCACAUGUGUUUCAUUCACUUAGAAGAGCAACAUGCAUGCAUGAUAGGUUUGGUUGGUGACACAUGGGUCUACAGCGACACCCACAGCUUGACUGCAAUGUAUUUCUUUCCAGGACGAAAAAAAAAAAAGUAGAAACUAUGAUCCAUUACACCAUCAGUACUGCCUUUCCAUAUGAAGCGUAUUGAACAAAAUUGAACUGCUCGCACAUUUCCAGACACGCCGGUGACGCCGGCCGCUGUACUUUCAUCUCCUAGUGGAUCGAGUGUAGAGUCCUCAUGGGAAACCCUUCUCCUCGCAUUUUACUGGAUUAUGAGGAAGUUCAAAAUUGUCUUCUUACUGUAUUAUAGAGGUCGGCUGUUUUUAUUCUCUUGUUUUUCUUUUCAUUUUCCUACACUGUUUAUGGCAAUAAAUUGUAUCAUCUUA